AUGGACGCCGAGGGACGGCUGGCGCCUGUUGCGCCGCCAGCGGAACCUAUUCAGGCACAGCAACGAAAUGGCGCCACGGCUGCUGCGAAACGAAGGGAGGCGGUCGGGACGAUUGUACAGUCGAGUUAUAUCGAGUAUGACUUCUCAAAGAUGAAGGACUCGAAAGCUGGUUUUAUGGUGGAUGAAGCGACGGGUGAUGCACAGCAGGAAGAUCGUGCAGCGCAACUUCAGCGGUUACGAGAUGAGGCGAAGCGCUAUGAUCCGCCACUUGCAUUGGAUGAUGGAUCAGGUACAACAAAGCAGGCGCGUUGCUUUGAGUGCAACACCGUGGAGCUUGAUUUUCAAUUCUUCAAUGUCUUCAAAGCGCGGGUUUGUCAUACCUGCAAAAACAAGCUACCCGACAAGUACUCCCUCUUGACGAAGACCGAGUGUAAGCAAGAUUACUUACUGACAGAUCCAGAGCUUCGAGAUGUGGAGCUCAUGCCUCAUCUUCUCAAGCCUAAUCCGCACAAUACGACAUACUCCAGCAUGAUGCUGUACCUGCGCUACCAAGUCGAAGAGUUUGCCUACAAGAAGUGGGGUUCUCCCGAGAAGCUCGACGAGGAGUUUGAGCGUCGUACAGAAGAGAAGAAGGUUAAAAAGGACAAGGCAUUUGAAUUGAAGCUCAAGGAACUGCGUAAACGAACACGCGUAGCCAAAUUCAGUAAGAGCGCAAGUCGUCGGCUGGAAGCGAAGCAUGAGCAUGUCUUUGGUGCAGAGGUCGAGGAUCCAACGACUGGCAUGACAGUGCGGACAUGUGCAGAGUGUGGGCUCGAAAGUGAAGAGCUUGUCAUGUAA